UUUCCCCUUAUUUUUAAAAUGAUUUUAUUUCAAUCACCAUCUAUACUAUUAUUAUUAUUUUUUCUUUUAUUUUUUUCUUUAUUUUCUGUUAAUUCUAAAAAAAUUAAAAAUCAUUACAAAACAACGGCAGCAGAAGAUCCAAUACCGGCACAGGAAAUUAAUACAAAACAAUUAAAUAAACAAAUAAAAUCUUCUAAUAUUUUACAAAAACAACCCAACCGACAACCCCCAUCACCAUCUUCCCAUUCCCCUUCCCAAACAGAACAACAACAUGAAUUUUCUAUAGAGGAUGUGGAUGAAGAACAAAUUGAUGAAAUUUUAAGGGAUACUUCCAAAAAUCUUGUUAUAUUUUUUUAUGAUGGAAGAUUAAAAUGCCCAGAAUGUAGUGUUGCCCUCUCAGAGAUUGAAGAAAUUGAUGAUGAUAUUGAAGCUACUGGAUAUAUUGAAGUUGUAAAAACUGAUGACAGAAGGGUGGCUCGUGAAUGUGGAGUAAAUACAUUUCCGGCAUUGGUAUAUUACAGACGUAGCAGUCCAAUUCUUUAUGAUGGAGAUUUUAAAGAUUCUGAAAAAGUUUUACGUUGGUUACGGGCACACGACGAAGUGGCUACUUGGGACUUGAAUGACGAUAACUUUGAAUGGAGAACACAUUCCCAUUCACCUCCAGAAGGAGCUCUUCAAUGGCUUGUUAUGUUCUAUGAUUCUGAAGAAUCUGAUUGUAAUGCUUUUGUUCCAAUGUUUGAAACAACUUCGCGGUCUAAUAAAUGUUGGAAAAGUGGACACUUCUCUUAGUG